AGACAUCAAAUAUUUGCGAGAACUUUUUGCGAGUUAUCUUCUCAUGUGCUGCUGUGUUCUCCUGAACAGAGGCGCGUUUAUCAAACUGAGCCCGCAAGUCGAUAGUCCGCUGUUCGACUUGAUGAAUUUGGAUAACGGCGAUUGAUCACCUCUUGUGCAACCGCCGUCAGACGCUCCACGUGCUCUCCGCUCAGGAUGCGCGGCGAUUGUGAUCCCGUGUGACUGUUUGCUAACACUCACCGUGGGGGUGUUCGGGGGGACACACUCGUGAUUAAGUGGCGUGGACGCGCGUGGUCUUCAUGUCGUUUUAACCGGCCACGUUGUGGAGGGUGACGCGCACGCACGCACGCGCUGAUUGCUACAGCCUCGGGGCCGAUCCUCGGUGACGCGGGAGUCGGAACUGUUGGACCCGCCAGAGAUGGAGUUCGAGGAGUCCGGUAUCGGAGAAGAAUGCGGGGUUUUUGGCUGUGUGGCCGCCGGAGAGUGGCCCACGCAGCUGGAGGUGGCUCAGGUCCUGACGCUGGGUCUGGUGGCGCUGCAGCACCGGGGUCAGGAAAGUGCUGGGAUUGUGACCAGCAAUGGAGCCAGUCCACCAACGUAUACAACCCACAAGGGGAUGGGGUUAGUGAGCAUUGCUUUCCCCCCAGAGGCUCUGCUAAAGCUGCGCAAUGCUAACCUUGGUAUUAGUCACACACGCUACUCGACCACAGGCAACUCUGAGCUACAGAACUGCCAGCCUUUUGUUGUGGACACUCUUCACGGCAAGAUCGCAGUGGCACACAACGGCGAGCUGGUGAACGCUGAUGCCCUGCGCAAAAAGGUCAUGCGUCACGGCGUUGGACUUUCCACCAGCUCAGACAGUGAGCUCAUCACACAGCUGCUGGCCCUCACGCCACCUAUGGAGGAGUUGGACUCCCCGGACUGGGUCGCAAGAAUCAAGAAUUUGAUGACUGAGACUCCAACUUCUUACUCGCUGUUGGUGAUGUUUAAGGACGUUAUCUAUGCUGUGCGCGAUCCUUACGGAAACCGACCCCUCUGCAUUGGACGCCUGGUCCCUGUCUCUAAACUCUACAGCUCAGGUGCAGGAGAGGAUGACACGGAGGGGUGGGUGGUCUCAUCGGAGUCCUGCAGCUUCCAGUCCAUUGGUGCCAAGUAUUACCGUGAGAUUCUUCCAGGGGAGAUCGUCCAGAUAUCCAAAGAGGGAGUCAAGUCUCUGAGCAUCGUCCCCCGUCAUGAAGAUGACCCUUCGGCCUUCUGCAUAUUUGAAUAUGUUUAUUUUGCCCGACCUGACUCUAUUUUUGAAGGUCAGAUGGUUUACACGGUCCGGCAGCGAUGCGGGCGACAGCUAGCCAUAGAGGCGCCAACAGAUGCAGAUGUGGUCAGCACUGUGCCGGAGUCCGCCACCCCUGCUGCCCUGGGUUACGCCCUGCAGUCUGGGCUGCCCUACAUCGAAGUCCUGUGCAAAAACCGCUACGUCGGCAGAACCUUUAUUCAGCCCAACACACGACUGAGGCAGCUGGGCGUGGCCAAGAAGUUCGGCGCUCUGACCGACAACUUCGCUGGGAAGCGAGUGGUUUUAAUUGAUGACUCCAUCGUCAGGGGCAAUACCAUCUCUCCCAUCAUUAAACUGCUGAAGGAAGCUGGGGCAACUGAGGUCCACAUCCGAGUGGCUUCUCCACCAAUCAGGUUCCCAUGUUACAUGGGUAUCAACAUUCCCACGAAAGAAGAACUCAUCGCUAACAAGCCAGAGUUUCAGGACAUCGCAGGGUACAUCGGUGCUGACAGCGUCCAGUACUUGACCGUGGAGGGUUUGGUAUCGGCGGUCCAAAAGGGAAUAGCUUCCCUCCAAAAGGAUGACCUGAUAAGCUCCAGCAACAAGUCCGGUGGAAGAGUGGGCCACUGUACUGCCUGCCUGACUGGGAAGUACCCAGUGGAGCUGGAGUGGUAGCGUCUGCCCUCAACCGUUACAGCCACGCAAUGGCCUGCAGUUCAUUCCUGUCAUUUCCAGUGCCAACAUUUUUUUUAAAACGUCUUGUGUACAACUGAGAAAGUGCCGACCCCUAGUGGUCAAUGGCCGUUGCCCUCAACCAGAAGAAUCGAUGAAAAGACUUCUGGAAGUCUAAAGGCAUUGAGUUACCAAAAAGUUUUGUCUGUACAAAUAAACUUUACAUAAUGUUUUUGUUUAGGUUCUGCGCCAUGUGCACCACAUAGAAUCAACAUAAUAAAGACACUAAAUUCACUUGUCCAUAUCAGCACAAACAUUUAUUUUGAUCAGAACAUGGUGAUAUAAAAUGCUAUUUUUCAAUUAGUACAAGAAGAAUGCGGGACAUCCAUACAUCCUCUUUUACCGUUUACUGAACACGCAGAUCAUUUCAAAAUUUACUGUCUUACCAGUGACAAUCUUUAUUGAUAGUUUUUAUGAAAUAUUGACAGUUAUUACAGAACAUGACACAUUUUACACAAACGAUAGAACUGACAUAAAAC